AUGAAAAAGGGAAAGCAGGUGGUUGAUGAUAAUGAGCCUCCCACUUAUCAAGAGGCAACAGCAGGCUAUGGAGAGAUGGAGGCCCAAUUUGUCUGGGACGACAAGACCAUCAGGCAGACCUUCAUCAGGAAGGUCUACGCCAUCCUCAUGGUCCAGCUGCUUGUGACAGUGGGAAUCGUGGCUUUAUUCUCAUUUUGCGCACCUGUGAGGUUUUAUAUUCAGACUCAUCCUGGCUUGUACAUGGCAUCUUAUUUGAUGUUCUUUGCCACCUAUAUUGCCCUGACUUGCUGUGGAGACCUGAGGAGACAGUUUCCUUGGAAUAUAAUUUUGUUAGUUCUUUUUACUUUGAGCAUGGCCUUCAUGAUGGGAUUUGUGUCAAGCUUUUAUAACACCAAGUCAGUGGUCCUGUGUUUGGGAAUCACUGCUAUUGUGUGUCUUUCUGUCACCAUCUUCAGCUUCCAGAGCAAGAUUGAUGUCACAUCCUAUCAAGGUGUCCUGUUUUCUCUGUGCAUGGUCAUGCUUCUCUGUGCCAUUACCAUCUCCAUUGUUGUCCCAUUUGGAUAUGUUCCAUGGUUACAUGCCACCUAUGCUGUGUUAGGAGCCAUCCUCUUUACUUUGUUCCUUGCAUUUGAUACUCAGAUGCUCCUUGGGAAUAAGCGUUACACUAUAAGUCCAGAGGAAUAUAUCUUUGCCACACUCAGCAUCUACCUGGACAUUAUCUACCUGUUCAGUUUCCUAUUACAGAUCAUGGGAGGAGGUCGCGAUUAA